AUGGACACAGAGCUGGAUGCUCCUGCCACUCCUGUUGGCCCUUUUGGGGGUAUUCUCAAUCUCCGCCUCACCAUUCCAGCCCGCUGCAGCGUCCACUUCGUCUUGCUCAGUAGGGUCCCGAAGGUCCCGGCCCGUCCUGCCCAUGCUCUUGAGGGGACGUCUCACCUGCGCGCUCAUGGCCCGGCUCGCUCUCACUCUGACGCAGAUGGGUUGUCGGGGGGUCUUCACCUUCAGGUGCCUGACCUAUUGCAGUGGUCGGACGAGUUGCCCGCCCACUUGCGCCAACAGCUGGCCAUGCGCCUCUCCGCACCAUCCCUGAUGGGCCUUGCGGCGUCGACGUCCGCGGCUCUGCAGUGCUCCACCUAUGCUGUUCGUCCUUCGCAGCGUCUCGGCGUCACGCCCGUUCCGCCUGCGCUGCAGCCCAUUACUCCGCCGCUGCCUGUCCACCCGAUGGCCUUUUGUGGUGACGGCGUCCUCUUGCCUCAAAUUUUCCAGGCCGGGGAUUCAGCGCAUUCUCAUGCCUGA